GAGCUCUAGGUUGCACAGGCAUUAGAUCUUGAUAAUUAGAAAUCGACGAUUACUUGUUUGGAGACGCUUUGUAACUCUAAAGGUCUCCUUGAAUAAGUCAUGGGCAAAAUGGAGAUAGUUUAUGAUUCAACCCUUGUGGGAUUUAAAUCUCCAGCCUUUUGGUUACUAACACAGAUAGUUAACUACUAGGUUUCAGCAUCUCCAGUUAUAGCGGAGCAGCGCGCAACGGGACACCGGCGUUUCCUUUUACGCACGCCGUUCGCUCGCAUCUCAACGCGUCGGACUGCUGUUAUUCUCGGCGAAUCUUACAAUGGGACACCUGAGCAACACGUCGCGCCCGGUCAACUCCACCGACCCGUUCGGACGCGACGAAGAAGUCGCGAAAAUCGAGAUCGCGGUCCUCAGCGUCACCUUCGCGGUCGCCGUGAUCGGGAACUGCAGCGUCCUGGUGGCCGUUCACAACACCAAGAAGAAAACCUCCCGCAUGCAUCUGUUCAUCAAACACCUGAGCCUGGCAGACCUGGUGGUCGCGUUUUUCCAAGUCCUUCCACAGCUGUGCUGGGAAAUAACCUUCCGUUUCUACGGUCCGGACUUUCUGUGCAGGAUCGUCAAGCACCUGCAGGUGAUGGGCAUGUUCGCGUCCACUUACAUGAUGGUCAUGAUGACUCUAGAUCGCUAUAUCGCCAUCUGCCACCCUCUCAAGACCCUCCAGCAGUCCACCCGGAGGUCCCACAUCAUGAUCGCAGGCACGUGGGUCAGCAGUUUGCUCCUCAGCACCCCUCAGUACUUCAUCUUCUCCCUCAGUGAGAUCCAGAACGGCUCGGAGGUCUACGACUGCUGGGGUCACUUCAUCCAGCCCUGGGGACUCCGCGCCUACAUCACCUGGAUCACAGCGGGGAUUUUCCUCAUCCCGGUGAUCAUAUUGAUGACCUGCUACGGAUUCAUAUGCCACAGCAUCAGGAUGAACAUCAGAUAUAAGACCAAGAAGACGCCUGCGGAUGGCGCGCACAAGAACGGGCUGAUCGGGAAGAGCUCUGUGAGCAGCGUCACCACGAUCUCCAGAGCGAAGUUACGCACCGUCAAGAUGACUUUCGUCAUUGUUCUCGCGUAUAUCAUCUGCUGGGCGCCGUUUUUCACCGUGCAGAUGUGGUCGGUGUGGGACAAGAACUUCAGCUGGGAUGAUUCAGAGAACACGGCCGUCACUCUGUCUGCGCUGCUGGCCAGUCUGAACAGCUGCUGUAACCCGUGGAUCUACAUGGUUUUCAGCGGACACCUCCUGCAGGAUUUCGCCCACUGCUUCCCCUGCUGCCACAAGAUCCGGCAGAGCUUCCGGAAGGAGGAUUCGGACAGCAGCAUACGGAGAAUCACGCUGCUCACCAAAAUCACCAACCGCAGUCCCACGUGUAGCUCGGGCACCUGGAAAGAGUUCGAUCACUCGCCCAAAUGCAGCGGGUCGGCUCCGGCCGAGACGUGACGCACACACUGAGAAUGUGACUUUAUUGAUCCGCACUUUGGUGAGACUCUCACAGCGGGGUUAUAGACUCACAGUCCUGGAUGCUGCUCGAGUUCCAGAUGCGAUAACACACACGAUUACAGCUCAGGAGAUGCGAUGGAGUUCAUUCUGGUUCAUUUAAGCGUCUUAAAACUAAAAACGGACUCAAACGAGUCACUUGUAGUCACCCAGGAAGAGUCUAGAGCUGUGAAGUGAAUGUGCAAAGCAGCUCAGAUGGUUUGAUGAGGAGUGAAGGAGUUCAGAUGAGAUC